UUCAUUGAUCGAAUUUCGACAGCUUUCGCAAUUAUUAUUUUUGGUGCUUUCCGAUGAGGUCAAGUUAUUACAUAGGAUGCAAUAAGCGAUCAACAUCUAACGAACACUGGUAAACGAGCGAUGCGCUUCAUGUAAACAAAGGAUACUGCGACCGCCUUUGCUAACGCGCAGCUGACUAAGCUGAAGGGAAUAGCUGCGAAGAAAGACGAUGUCUGUGGAAUCUAUGCCUGAAUUUCCCGUCUCCAGCCUUCUGCCGAAGAAGGAGACAGGGAUUUUGUCUUUUCUGAACAAGUACCCCAAGUAUGAUGGCACAGGCAUUGUAAUAGCAGUGUUUGACAGCGGUGUUGACCCAGCUGCUCCUGGUUUACAGACUUGCACAAAUGGCACUGUGAAGAUUUUAGACCGGCUUGAUGCUUCUGGAGCUGGUGAUGUCGACACAUCUGUUGUGCGCGCCCCUAAUGCCGAUGGCACAUUACCUGGUCUCACUGGCAGAACGCUCAAAAUUCCAUCAUCAUGGCACAAUCCAAGUGGUCAGUUUCACCUUGGUGUCAAAUCUGCGUAUUCCCUCUACCCAUCUAAACUCAGAGAAAAGCUUAUGAAGGAACGAAAGGAACAGUUCUUUGAACCACAACACAAAAAGUUACAAGAGGAUGCAAUGAGAAAAGUACAGAAGCAACGACAUAACAAUUCUGUGUCUACCCUGGCAAGUGCAUCUUCUGCAGAUGACAACGAAUCCAGUUCAUGUGAAGGAGGUGCAAGCAAAGGUCUACUCCUGGGAUGCUGCUCUCAGGAUACUCUGCCAGCUGAUUCUGACAGCAACACUGCCAUGGGUUGUCAGAGCAGCGGCACACCAGGUCCUGUACCCUCUCAGUCAGUUAACUACUCCAGCUUCCUCGAGAAGCAAAUGAAGGAAGAAGCUGAAGCUGAAGUGGCUCUUUUGUCAACGCUUAUCAAGAAGCAUCAAGAUAUUGGGCCAGCAUAUGAUUGUGUUGUCUAUCAUGAUGGAAAAUGUUGGCGCGCGUGCAUAGACACGUCAGAAAAAGGUGACUUGGAAAGCGGCGUUCACUUGGGCGAGUAUCGUCACACUCAUGAGUGGAGCUUCCUCAACGCCAGAGACAGCUUCACAGUCUCCAUAAACGUUCAUAACGACGGCAACGUUCUCGAAGUUGUUGGCAUGUGCUCAAGUCACGGUACGCACGUGUCGUCGAUCGCUGCAGCGCACUUCCCUGGCCAGCCCGAGCGCUGUGGCGUGGCUCCCGGCGCUCAGAUCGUUUCCAUAACUAUCGGAGACAGUCGAGUGCACGGUAUGGAGACUGGCACUGCCUUGUCUCGUGCGAUGUCAUGGGUCAUGGAUAAUCCUUUUUAUAAAGUAGAUAUCAUCAACAUGAGCUACGGUGAACACUCACACUCUGCUGUUGCAGGACGUCUGGGCGAAAUGGCGUGUGACGUGGUGAACAAGUAUGGCAUUUUGUGGGUGGCGAGUGCCAGUAACCACGGACCUGGGCUGUCUACCGUCGGGUCGCCUCCUGACUUCUACAGCGACUGCAUCAUCGGCAUCGGGGCCUACAUCUCCCCAGACAUGAUGAGGGCCGAGUACAGCAUGAUGGACAAACUGCCUGGCACGGCGUACACGUGGUCGUCGCGAGGGCCCACAACUGACGGGGGGCGCGGUGUGAGUGUUUGUGCUCCUGGGGGCGCCAUCACCAGCAUGCCUUCCUUCACCAACAAAACUUCGCAGCUGCUCAACGGUACCAGCAUGUCGUCACCGCACGCGGCCGGGUGCGCGGCGCUGCUGCUGAGUGGGCUGCGGCAGGCGGGUCGCUGCUACACGCCCUACAGCGUGCGACGCGCCAUACAGAACACGGCACUCAGGCUCGACCUCGAACCUUUCGUCCAGGGACAUGGACUAAUUCAGGUGGAAAAAGCUUUUGAAUAUCUACUGGAGAACAGUGCAGCAGACCAAUCCAAGAUGGCGCCUGAGGACAAAAUGCGCUUCGUGAUAGAGUGUGGAAACAAGAGUCAGAAGGGCAUAUAUCUGCGCAACUGGCUCGGCAAUAAGAGUGUUGAUGUCAGCGUCACCGUCGAGCCCAUUCAAUUCGAUGAAGCCAGAGGAGAUGAUGAGGUGAAGCGCAGCCUCAACCUGGACCUCGUGCUGGCGUGCGACGCGCCCUGGGUCAGCUGCCCCGACUGCCUCCAGAUGUCUUACACGCCGCGCUCUCUCGUCGUGCGUAUUAACCCUCACGGUCUGGAGCGUGGCCGCGUACACUUCACAAGCAUUCGGGCUUACGUUGCUGGAGCUGUGCAACGAGGUCCACUUUUUGAUAUUCCCGUCACUGUGGUCGUACCCAUCGUCGAGCUCGAGCAUGGAUAUUUUUUCAAGAGCCAACCGGAAGUGUAUCGCGCCGGUUGCGUGCGAAGGCUGUUCGUGAGAGUACCAGAAGGCGCAUCGUGGGCGCAGUUUGCCAUCAAGUCGAGCAACAGCGACCAAAACCAACGCAUGACACUUCAUGCAGUGCAGCUUUUCCCUCAGUGCUGUGUGCUUACUUACGACCACUACAAGACGUUCUCGUGCUUGUACCCCGAGGAGCAAUCAGUGACAUCGUUUGCUGUGAACCCUGGCCUGACCCUGGAGUUGUGUGUAGCCCGCUGGUGGGCAGCGCCCCACGACACCACCAUCGAAUUUUCCGUGUCAUUCCACGGCAUUAGGCCCACCAGCGACAACAUCACGCUCUUCUCAAACAGCUCCGUGCAGCGCGUUGAUGUUAUCUCCAAGCUACGGUCUGAAGAGAUCUGGGCCCAAGCUGUUGUCAAACAUCACGUCCAGUCGCUGUUGCCAUACGAGUCUCGCAUCGAGGUGCUGGGUGGCCUAAGGGACACCAUACCCGUGGGGCGGCCGAUCUAUCAGUUGGUUCUCUCCUACGCGCUGUCGGUCCCUAAAACUACUGAGGUGCAGCCCAAGUGCUGUCUACUGAACGACUACUUGUACGAGUCCGCUGUGGAGUCUCAGCUCUGGAUGUUGUUUGAUAGUAAGAAGCAAUACCUUGGAGCUGGUGAUGCAUACAGUCACAAGUACAGCAUCAAGCUUGACAAGGGAGAGUACGUAGUGAAGCAACACGUUCGACACGAGAAAACUGAACUUCUCGAGAAGCUCCAGGAAAUGCCCAUGACCAUCAUCACUAAAUUAUCACAAGAGGUGAAGCUAGACGCCUAUGCGACUCAUUACAACGCGUUGACCGGCGGCAAGAAAAUGGGCUGCAGCGUCAUGCAGCCUGGCGAGAUUGUGCCCAUCUUCUUCAAUAUGCCAAACUUACAAGACAAAGUUUUCAAGUCACUAAAUCUGUCAGCGGGCCAUGUAUUGUCCGGCACAGUCAGCUUCGCCAAGGAUGAUCUCGCCAGGCGAGUGGACUUGUACCCCCUGCGCAUCGUGCUGUGCGAGCCCAUCAACUGGAAGAAACGCGGUCCCACUGCUGCAGGAGACGACGCUCGCAAGGAGAGCAAGGUUACCUCAGAGUACUCAGACGCUGUCAGGGACAUGAAGAUUAACUGGAUCACAAAACUUGAGUACAGUGCGAGUGAAACACUGUAUCGAGAAGUGUGUCAGGAGCACCCGAAUUUCUUACAGACUCAUGUGGCUAGACUAUUAAAUAUCGACAACCAUUUCAACACUCCUCCCUUUGGAGCCUCAACGGUGUGCACGUAUGCAGCUUACGACGACUUCUGCACGUGCCACCAAAACGAGGAAGCCGAAGUCAUCUCAACUGUGGAAGCUGCUUCAGAACCUGAACAAGCCACCACGACAACUGCAACUUCUGAAGUGGAAGCUCAAUGUGAUCAACAAGAAGACCCGCAUCCUCCUAUACCUGAAGAAAACCAAGAAGUUUCUGAAGAAGAUGAGUCGUCUGGCAUAAAGCGGCGCCGAGACAUUUGGCUGCAGUGGCGAGAUGCUGUUGUUGAAGCGUCGUCACAGGUUCUCAAGUGUGUUGACCUUCCCGAGCUACUGUCUUUUCUGGGCACCAAGCUUGAUGCUAGAUCUGAUGCCAACAAAACGAAGGUGCAAAUGGAACGUCACAAGAUGGCAAUCAUUGACGCACUCUGCAAGAAAGGCUUGGCACUGGCUUUCCCAUACGUGCCUCGCCUCUUGUACUGGUAUCCCUCUUCCGGUACAUCCGAGACCUCGUAUCCGCUGCCCCCUGACGCCGUGCUCACCGAACUCGACAGCAUUGCUAUAACCAUCCUCAAGCUCAUCGAGCCCUCAGAUGCCAAGGUGAUGAGCUUUUUCGUGAGCUACUACCAAGUGAGACGUCUGUACGCUACCGCAGCUCGGCUGCUACUGAAGCACCUCGAAGAUAAGCAUCUGAAAGAGGGCACUCUGCGCCUGGCGACGCUCUAUCACCUGCUCGGCUACCAUCACAUUGUUGAAGAAAUUUUCAGAAGCUUACCACUAAGAUUUCCCGAAAAAUAUCUCUCUUUCUGAUGAUAGCAUUUCCUGUCGCCCUGUAGUACCUCGUUACGUAGAACUUGAUCUUCGUAACUUAUUGUUAUGAGUCUAGUGAUAAACUCGGCGAGACAAAGUUUGCCAUGCUUUACCAUCCGCGUUCACUAGUACACGGGGGCUUCGAUAGAAUUUGGUUUCCUUUUGAUUGGUUUUCAUCAACACCAUUCCUACUGGAAUUUUAUUUAUUGAUGCUUUGUAUGGUUUGAUUUCGUAUUCUUCUUUUCUAUUCUAAUUCUCAAAAAUUUGUUCCUAUUAUUAGUUAGUAUUAAUCUGACAUAGAUAAUUAUUUAAUUUUAAAUCAUAAUUUCAAUCUGCCUUCCCAAGUUCAAUGGCGAAUCAUAGUUUUAAAAUGAUUAGCGCUCUCCUCUCACAACGCUCAAACAUCUAGAUCAUAAGUUUUGGAGCAUGCAUGACUGCUUUGAAUUAGCUCCACAUAAUUAAAGUGCUGGAAUUUUUCCUCAUUUUCGGAGGAUUUCAUGAUUAAGGAUAGCACUCACUCUCUCCCUCUACCCAUCCCCGUUUUAAGACUUUCCAAAUUUUUGGUGCGUUACCUUUAUUUACUGCACUUCUUUGUUUCAACCCGUAUUUGAAACCUGCCAGUCUGCUCUGCUCGAUUUGUCUUGCAUUUUUAUUAUUAUUGGUCUAAGUACUCGUGAUUUCCGCAAAUACUCUUAAGUGCUUCGCUUUAAGCAUCGACAUUGUCACGUGCAAUUUUAAGCCUUUUCCCUGUAUGCAUUUUAUUAAUUAUUCGUUUCCAUCGUUUACUAUCUACUAGUGCAAUUGAAUGACAAAAUUUAUUUUAACGCGGACAACAAACGCUGCAGAAAUAUCAUUUCUUCGCCAUCAAACACUAAAACGACAAACACCGCAUCAUUUUACGUACGGUUUUUAACAGCUGCAUUUUCUAUCCUUAAGUUAACUGACUUGCUGAAUAAAUAUAUUUAAAUUCAUAUAUAUAAGAAUUUAUUUUAAUUAGGUAUUAAGACGCUUGGUUAAAGCUUGUUCAAGCCACUACCAGCUUUAUUUAUUUCCGUUUUUAACGACGUGAGAUAUUUCAUAAUAAUGAUAAUAAUUUGUGUGCUGAGAGCCUUCCCGACGACGCUGCCCAUGCAUCGGUCUCAUGGCUGCAAUAUGUUUAUGUAAACGCUUAGUUUGUCUAUGGUUUCCGAUCCUCUUUUUGGGAGAGAGUAAAAUGGCUUCCUA